AUGAAACUCGUCGCAUUAUUGUUCUUUGUUUUGAUUAGUUGCUCGACGUGUAAAGCCGAUUGGUUGAAUGAUGUUUUCGAUUGGCUGAACAACGCUGCACAAGAUUCCAGCGAUUGGGUACAAGACAAAGCGAUUCCGAGUGUCGAAAAUGCAGUCACCACUGCCCGAAACUGGUUAAAGAACCGCGAUGACGAUGCAAAAAAUUGGCUUGACAAGAACGUUUUUGAUUCGGAUUCGGAGAAUGGGGAAAAUUUCAAUCAAAACCCAAACAACAACUACGAAAACUCGAGAAAUCAACCCUACAAUCCUCAAUUCAAUGACGAUCUGAACAAUAAUGAAGAUCUGAACAACAAUGACUACUCAAAUCGAUAUAAUAAUCGAAGAAAG